ACAAUUCACUCAAACAUCCGUGUGCAGCUCACAAGAAUAUUAUCUUGCCAAAUCCCCUCAGGGUGAAAAUUACCGUUUACAACUUGUCAAAUCAAAGCACUUGACCGGUACUAGAACAAGUAGAGGAAACAGAGAAUUCAAUGAAGAUCGAUAUCAAGCUUUAGUUCUCGAAUUUAACAAGUCAGAUAAUUUAAUUAACUUUCAAAACAAUGGUGAACAGAUCAGUUUAGGUAAAAAAGGUUCUGAAACAAGUGGUCAAGAAGAAGAAGGCAAAGAUGGCCAGAUAUGUUAUUUUGCUUUAUUUGACGGCCAUGGAGGCUCUCAAUGCGCUGAUUAUCUAGUUGCUAAUCUUCAUAAACAGAUUGAAAAUAUUCAAGCUUCUAACUCGGACGAUAUUGUAUCCCAAUGGAGAAAAGUUGGAGGCUAUUUUCGAAGGUUUCUGCCUGCCGCACUGGUUCCCCUAUUAAAUCCCGAGACACUUAAAAUUACUAAUAUACGUCAAAAUACAAUUGUUUCUGGAGUCAAAUCUUCUAAGGAAUCGCCUCCUCCACCAACAUCACAAAUGACAUAUCCUGUAUCAGAUAAAUCAACAAAAUUUGAACUUACUCUAGAACAACGACUUAUAUUAUCAUUUUUAAAAACUGAUCUAGAACUUAUGAGUUCCAUUGAUCCGUCAUUGGGCUCUACUGCAUCGAUCGCGCUUGUGAAAACAUUAGAUGGUAGAACGUUUUGGUCAAGCAACGAGCUGGAAAUCACUGUUGCUCAUGUUGGAGACACUCGCGUGUUGUUAUGUGAUGCCCAUUCGGGAAACGCUAUACCUUUAACAUUUGACCAUCAUCCGAAUUCUGUUACAGAGCUUGAUAGGUUACAGAAAUAUGGUGGUUAUGUAAUUACAGAUUCUUUUGGAGCCGAAAUGAUCUUGGGGAAAUUAGCUAUCACUCGAGCAUUUGGUGAUUCAAAAAUGAAGAAAUACGGAAUUUCAGCAGAACCAGAUAUCAUUAGUAAAACGGUCAAAGGAGAUGAUGUCGCAUUUAUGGUAUUAGUUUCGGAUGGUGUGACUUCAGUCUUAAAUAACCAGGAAAUAGUCGACUGUAUCAAGAAUUAUGAUGAUGUAACUACUGGAGCAGAAAAACUCGUUGAACUUGCUGAAGAAUUAGGGUCUGAAGAUAACAUAACCGCGAUGGUAAUACGACUACCUGCAUGGGGAACUAAAAUGCCGGAUCAUACAAAAGCCUUAAGGAAGUACAGACUUGAAAAUGACAAACCCGCAAUAAAACGACGUGUGUAA